AAUGAAACGAAAUGCGAGAACAGUGAGAGAAAGACAAUUACAUGCAUAGGAAUUUCAAUAUGUCGCCGUGUGUGAAACUGUUUUGUGUUCGAUAAGUUGUUCAACUUUUUUUUUGUUUCGUUCGUAUGAUUUGAUUCAGGAAUAUUACUACUUAUCAUCUCACAUUUUUUACGUUCAUUUCAAUUCGGGUGUCAGUGUCGUAUCUAUUUUGUUUUUGUUGUUAUUGAUGGUGUAUGUACCUGAUGUGAUCGUUGUUCUCUCCAUACUUUGUUCCGUCGUUUAUGGUGAUCAUCUUUCGUCGUGCGUGUGUUACUUAACAGAAAUCAAGUGCGGCAUUUCAAGAAAUCAACAACAUAUAUUGCCACAGAGUGAGAAUAAGUAAUUUCUAUCACUGAAGGACAUCAAAAUGGCGGAUUCCUAUUAUCAGGGUGACUAUAUAAAACAUCCAGUUUUAUAUGAAUUAAGCCACAAGUAUGGAUUCACUGAUAAUUUACCUGAAAGUGCACUUCCAAAUCGCCUGGAGGAGAUCAAAGAAGCAAUCAGACGGGAAAUCCGCAAGGAAUUAAAGAUCAAAGAGGGUGCUGAAAAAUUGCGUGAAGUGACAACAGAUCGUCGCUCAUUAUCCGACGUGGUAUCCAUUGUAAAGAAAAGCAAUAGCAAAUUAGCUGAACUCAAAUCUGAACUGCACGAACUGGAAAGUCAAAUAUUACUGACGAAAGGCAACACCGUUAGCAAUGGCCAAG